AUGGAUGAUACUAUCUUUGGUGGUUAUUCUCAUGCUUUGGUUGCCAAGUUUGCAGAGGAUAUUUGCAGGGAAUUUGAGAUAUCAAUGAUGGGAGAGUUGACCUUGUUCCUUAGGCUACAAAUCAAGAAAAAUAAGGAUGGAACCUUUGUGCACCAAGGCAAGUACAUAAAGGAUGUGUUGAGGAAGUUCGACAUGGCUGACGCUAAGCCAUUAUCAACUCCCAUGGCGAUGAAGACGGCUUUGGACGCAGAUGAAGAUGGAGAACCGGUGGACCAGAAGGAGUACCGGAGCAUGAUCGGCUCCCUCCUGUACCUCAUGGCGACGAGGCCGGACAUACACUUUGCCGUGUGUCUGUAUCGAUUGGAUCACAAGUCCACUUCUGGUACUUGUCAGUUUCUUGGUUCUUCUUUGGUUUCCUGGUCUUCCCGAAAACAGUCCAGUGUUGCUCAGUCUACCACCAAAGCCAAGUAUGUUGCUGCUGCUAGCUGUUGUUUCUAG